AUGGCCCGAAGCGCAAAGCGCUCCUAUGAGGAGGUCGCAAACAAGUCUGAUUCCGACGACGAAGAUUACAGCGAUCACGCUCAAUACUCCCGUGCAACCGCCCGUAAAUCGAAGUCGAGCCCCAAGAAAAAACCGCGCUCAGCUCCCAAAAAGCGACGACGCGGUUCAGGCGACGAUGGUAUCACUUCUGAUGAGGAGGAUUUCUCUGAAGACCUAGGGACGCGUCGACGAACCACCCAAAGCCACCGUCCAACAUACGAGGAGCCUGACUCAGAAGAUGUUAUUGAUGAUGAUGGCGAUGAAGUGACUCGGGCUCCACCUCCACGCCGUAGCACUGUCCUCAAAUUGAGAGUACCGCGUCAGGCGUUGGAAAAACAACAGCAACAGCCAUCACAGUAUCUGGAAUUCAGACGACAUGUGACCCGCCAUACCCGCGACGCCUCAGAAGAUAUUUAUGCUCUUACCAACUCUGGCCGCCACAUGGAAACUGUGCAGCGCGGCACGGUGACCCCAGAAACCGAAGCCCCGCCACGUCGUGCUUCUCGCACCAAUCGAAACAAACACACAAUCAUCGAUGAAGAAGACGAGGAUGCCGAGAGUGAAGAUGUCAUUAACGAGACCACCCUCAAGGAUUCUAUGGAGGUCAUGGAAAGUGAUGCUCCUCAAGGCAAUGACGAAGGUGAUACGGUGCAAAUGAACGACGCGGAACACGAGCUCAUCGACGAAGAGAUGUCCAAUGAAGUGGUCGUGCCUGAAUCAGAAAAUGGCGAUGCAAAGAACAGUCAUGCUGAGCCUACCGACAACGCCCCGACCACUAGACUUCUACGGGGCCGCCCACCUCAGGUGCAAUCCCAGGAGGAUCCCGCCGGAGACGCGGAUGCCAACGAAGACUCACAGCUUCGUCGUUCCAGCCGCAAACAGCCAUCUCGAAGCUCACAACGCCAACCCAAAUUGGAUAGUGACUUUGAGCCCGAGGAAGAGGCGUCCAAUGACGAAGAGGAGGACUCAGAUCACGACUCGGCCACAUCCCCCCGCAAGCAAAGUCGUUCUCGAGAAGAAGCCGAAGACAGCUCCAACAGCCGCCGUCCAGGUUUGCGCAAACGACCCUCUCGCUCUCGCGCUCCCUCAGAAGAAGCGGACGAGCUGGCCGAAGAACUGGAGGAUCUGCACGGUGGUCGACGAUUCCGUCGUCGUGCCAAGCAAGCGGUCGUGUACGAGAAGCCUCGCCGCAACCGCAAAGAUGUCGACUAUCGCAUCAUCAGACCCGAACUGCUUCAAAUCAAUGAAGACUCUGAUCAUGAGAUAACUGGAUCUCCCUCACGGCGUGGUCGUGGAGGAGGUGGCUGGCAGCGUACUUUGUUCUCGACAACAGGCCCAUUCGGCGGUGGUGGUAAUUCGGCAAUCCUCGGUGCUCCUGGUAAUCCCACAGCAGUAGGAGGAGCGGAUAGCGACAGCAGUGACGAUGAAGGCAUGCAACAACCAACUCGCACUGGCCUUGGCCCCAAUGGCGCAGUCGCGGCUACACACAACCAAUCCGCAGACACAGCCCAGGCUGCAUCGGGUACGCCUGCCAACUUGGGCAAGUUCAACAAUAAGCAAGCUCUGGCGGAUGCAGACCCCUUGGGAGUGGACAUGAAUGUCAACUUUGACCAUGUUGGUGGCUUGCAAGGACACAUCGAUCAGCUGAAGGAAAUGGUAUCACUUCCCUUGCUAUACCCGGAAAUCUUCCAGCGAUUCAAAAUCACGCCUCCUCGUGGUGUCUUGUUCCACGGCCCCCCUGGUACCGGUAAGACGCUCAUGGCUCGUGCUCUUGCGAACAGUGUCAGCUCCGAAGGAAAGAAAGUCACAUUCUACAUGCGAAAAGGUGCGGAUGCACUUAGCAAGUGGGUCGGUGAGGCUGAAAGACAACUUCGACUUUUGUUCGAGGAAGCUCGCAAGAACCAGCCUAGUAUCAUCUUCUUCGAUGAGAUUGAUGGACUAGCACCGGUCAGAUCCAGUAAACAGGAACAAAUCCAUGCUUCCAUCGUCUCAACCUUACUGGCCUUGAUGGAUGGUAUGGAUGGUCGCGGCCAAGUCGUUGUGAUCGGUGCUACCAAUCGGCCCGACUCCGUGGACCCUGCUCUUCGCCGCCCUGGUCGCUUCGAUCGUGAAUUUUACUUCGCGCUCCCUAACAUUGAAGCUCGACGUUCUAUUCUCGAUAUCCACACCAAAGAAUGGGACCCUCCACUUCCAGGAAAGAUAAAGGACGAACUUGCCGAUAUGACGAAGGGCUAUGGCGGUGCCGAUUUGCGAGCGCUGUGCACCGAAGCCGCGAUCAAUGCCGUUCAGCGAAGAUACCCUCAGAUUUACAAGUCUGACCAAAAGCUCAUCAUCGACCCGAAGACGAUUGAUGUUGCCCCUAAAGAUUUCAUGCUUGCGAUCAAGAAGAUGGUGCCUUCUUCAGAGCGAUCUACCUCGUCUGGUGCCACUGCACUUCCCCCAAACAUCGAGCCUCUUCUCCGCAGCCCACUGUCUGAUAUCAAGACCUUGCUUUCCAAGAUUCUUCCGCAGCGGAAGAAGCUUACGGCUCUCGAGGAAGCUCAAUUUGAGGAGCCGAACGAUGGCGAAGGCUUUGACCGAGAGCUCCUUUUACAGGAGUUUGACCGCUCACGCGUGUUCCGACCCCGCCUUCUGCUUCGUGGAUCUCACGGUAUGGGUCAGCAAUACCUUGCUGCCGCAUUGCUCCAUGUCUUCGAGGGCUUGCAUGUGCAGGCGUUCGAUCUUCCUACUUUGCUGAGUGAUUCCACCCGCUCCCCCGAGGCGGCUGUCAUUCAGUUGUUUACUGAAGUCAAAAGACACAAGCCAAGCGUUAUUUACAUUCCGAACAUACAUUUAUGGGCCCAAACAGUCGGUCCUGCUGUUAUCUCCACAUUCAUGGGUCUUCUUCGAUCAGUGCCGCCUUCUGACCCUGUUCUCUUACUUGGCAUCCUUGAAGCGCAAGAUGAGGAGGUUGAUGAAACAUUACUCAGGAACAUGUUCGGAUUCUCCAAGAAGAAUGUCUUCGAUCUCUCUACUCCCGGGCAUGGAGCACGCCGAGAGUUCUUCGCGAAGAUCAUUGAGUUCCUGGAAACCCUUGAAGUUGCACCUCCGCCUCCCAAGCCUACCAUCACACUCACAAAGGAAGAACUCAAGGCCCAAAAGCGGAAAGACUACCACACCUUGAACCUUUUGAAGAUUCGGAUCCAACCCAUCAUGGACCAGGUCAAGAAGUACAAGCGAUUCAGAUCAGGUGUGAUUGAUGAGGCCACAAUUCGGUACCUGUGGGACGAAGAAGAUCCCAAUAUUGUCACUAGUGAUCUCCCUCCAGACCAACAGAUCGCCUUCCGGCCUUAUGAGAAGUCCCAUGACAAGCACGGUGUGCUGGGUCUCCGUGAAACUGCUACUGGUAAAUUCUUUUACAACCUUGAGAUUGUGACCAUUGAGAAGCGUCUGUCGAAUGGAUACUAUAAACGUCCCUCGGAAUUCGUCGCCGAUGUCAAGCGAAUGGUCAAGGAUAACCGCCAGACUGGUGAUCAUGAGCGCACUUUGCGAGCAAAUGAACUUCUUUCGAAUGUCGAGGUUGAUGUUGCUGGUAUUGUUGCCGGCGAUCCGGUCCUCAUGGCAGAGUUAGAGCAGGUCUAUUUGCGAGAACUCGAACGUGAAAAGGAGGCAGCAGAACGCGCGCAGCGUGCUGAAGAGCAACGCAUCAAAGAAGAACGUGCCCAACAGGGAGAGGAUCUUGCUCCUGUCACUGAGCCCGAAAAUGCACCACAAAACAACCCCGAGGCGAACGCACAUGGCCCUGACCACGUCGCGGAUUCGUUCCCAGUUAAUGGAGAUCAAGAUGAGAAAAAGCCUGUGUCGCGCCCAGUGACACCAACUCAUCAACCGAACCCGAGCUUCACCAAUGGGAACCACGAGGUUGAAGGCGUGGAUGUCCACGAAUUUGGCACCCACGGGGUAAGCAACGGCACUCACAGAGAGGCAGAAGAGGGCGAUGGUGACGGCGACGUCUUUAUGUCCAACUCAGAUGAUCACUCGGGUAGUAAGGACACGCAAGGGAGCUCGUUCGGGCCAUCUGCGCAACCAAAGCCUCCUUAUUCUCACACCGCACCCUCCCAGCAGGUGCGUCGGGAAUCUGGUCUUUCUAGUUUCUCUCAGCGAGGCCCCAUGACCCCAAUGGCCCCUGGCUCUCAGCCCGCCGACUACGCCAACGAAGCAUCUACCACCCAAACAUCCUCCGACAAGAAGUCCUCUGAACAUCUCUCAAAUCAACAAUAUAACACCCAAAGCCCUCAUGUCUCACGAAUCGAAUACCCCGACCUCACUCAAUACCCUGAUCGUGUGUCUCAAGAAGACCACCUCCCUGACACCCAGCAAAGUCAACCUUCCCCCCGUCCUCGGGAUUCGCUAGCGAGCCACGCCGAUACCCAAGAGAAUAGUGGCCUGAACGGAAGCCAGUCACAGUCCAAACCUCAGCCUCCCCUGUUUGAUGCGCCGAACGUGUCCAGCAAUGCUUCCACCAAUUUGCAAUCCAUCAUCCAAGAAGAACCCCAUCCACCAUUCAGCCUCGAUCUCGACGUUGUCGAGCGCCUGCACGAGCAGUUAACUCUGUCAACAAGUGGUUUCUCUGUGGAACAGCUUGAGCAGGUCAACACCAACCUGAUGGACUACGUAUGGCACAUGCGUGGUGAAUGGAAUCGAACUCUCGUUGCCGAUGGUCUUGGGAAGACAUACAACGAGGUCCUCGAGGACAUGCAGGGAAUGCAGAUGAUUGGGGACAUCAGCCAGGAGACCAAGGAUAUUCUUGCAAACCUGAGCUUCCAAUGA